AUGCCCGUAGAGAUCGAAGAGCUCCCGCGCAUCAUCAGAGAGGAGGCGCCAACCAUCGACCUGAGGCGCUUUGUGCUGCUGAUCAGCUACCCGCUUCUUUUCAUAUCCGUGGCGGUGAUCUUGUACUGUACUUUGAACGCGGCAAGUGAUAGCCCUGUUGCCGUGCUGGAUGCGAUGAUGGACAUUGACAAGAUGCUCAGCGGCAAGAGCAGCAGCCUUGCUGACAUGGGCGAGAUCAACAAUGAGCGUGGCAUGACCGUGCGAGACAUCAAGCAGAAGCUGGUCCAACAGUGUCUGCUUCGUCGCUUGGCCUUGCAUGAUCAGGCCAUCAUGGGGUGUAUCGAUCGCAUGGCUUAUCCGUAG